AUGUCCUAUGACAACACUGCCGCUAUAGGAAAGACUUCAGAUAAAUGCAAAGAAAAGAGAAAGAAAGCCAUCCAAGCUAUCCAAGAAAAUAAUUUCAAAACUGCUUCAGACAAUUUAUACUCAUUUCACCGAAAGGUAGCUCGAGAAAAUGGAAUCCAACUCUCUGGGUGGUCUACUAUAAACAAAUAUAUAUGUAAGAAAGAUCGCACUCUUGUCCUUACAUGGGAUAUAGAAACAUAUGCCUCACAAAUAGGAGAAUUUGUAGAAGUUCUUGAACAGAAAAACAAGGUCUUUAUAAUUAGCAUAAUAUUACAUUGGAAAGAUGAUCCAAAACCAUUAAAACAAAUCUGUCUUAUUGAUCUUGAAACUGCACCAAACCCACGAUAG